UCAUUUAUUUAUUUAUUUUGGGUUUGAUUCCAAACCAAACUCCAUCGCGAAAAAGCAACAGAACACUUUUAACUUUUCGAGUCAGAACUCGGAAGAACUCAUUCCAUUCCAAUGCAAUUCCACAAUUUCUCAAAUGGCCAAUCACUCCUAUCCAAUCCUUUGUGCUUCCUUCAAUCAGGAUUUCAGUUUGUUUGCAAUAGCCACAAGGGAUGGCUUCAAAAUAUUCGAUUCUAGUACCGGCAGACUCUGUUAUGAACAAGCCAUUGGAGCUUUCACCAUUGUUGAAAUGCUAUUUAGCUCUAGUCUACUUGCUAUUGUUGGAGCUGGUGAACAGCCAUCUUUAUCCCCCCGCAGACUCUGUUUAUUCAACACAACCACUGGACAUCCUCUUAGAGAAUUAAAUUUCUUGACAUCAAUACUUGCUGUUCGAAUGAAUAGGAAAAGACUUGUUGUUCUUUUGCAAGAAAAAACAUAUGUGUAUGACAUUAAUAGUCUCACAAUUUUGGACACCAUUGAUACGGCACCAAAUUUGAAAGGUCUUUGUGCAUUCUCCCCUAGUUUGGAUGGUUGCUUCUUAGCUCUUCCUGCUUGCACUACUAGAGGAUCUGUAUUGUUGUACAAUGUCAUGGAGCUGCAAUCACAUUGUGAGAUAGAUGCUCAUCGCGCCCCCUUGGUUGCAAUGGUCCUUUCUUCCAAUGGGAUGUACAUAGCAACAGCAUCUGAACAGGGGACCAUAAUCCGAGUUCAUUCCGUUUCUGAAGCAACUAAGUCUUAUAGUUUUCGAAGAGGGACAUAUCCGUCAACUAUAUUUUCUUUGUCAUUUGGGCCAUCUAUGGAGAUUCCGGAAAUUCUUGUGGCCACAAGUUCCUCAGGUUCUGUUCAUGCUUUCUCUCUUGGAUUAGGUAUUUCUCAGAGUACUGCAGGUCAAUCUUCACCACAGAAAUUAAAAAAAAAAAGAAGUAGAAGAUCUAAUAGUUUUUUGGGAUCAAUGAUGCUAGAGUCUGUUACUGAUGCAUUAGAUCCAGCUCAUCAUAAUGUACUUCAUAAUGCUGCACCAGCAGGAGUCAAAAGUUAUGCAGUGAUUCGAAAAGUCGACAAAAUUACUGACCCAUCAAUAUCCGAGACUUUGGCAUGUAGGGUCACUAUUUCCAUAUUGACCUACAAUGGAUACUUCCAAGACUACAUCUUAAGCAUCAACAAUCAGGAUGAGUUUUUGUGGAGUUUGGCACGUGGAUUCAAUUUGCUUUUAGAUGAUGCCAUUUGCUCAUGAAUACGGUUAAAAAAAUUUCACUCCAAAGCUUUGGGAAUACUGGGUUCCUAUGCCAUCUUCAAUCUCUGCAGAUUGAACUGAUUUGAAUCUUCCAGGAUCUUUUUGUAUGGAGAACCAAUUUUGUUGUCUAUGAUCAACCUUGGUGGAAGAAAUUUUCAAGGAGUUGGUGGUUUGCAAUUUAUAUGUAUCUAUGUAUCAUGCAAGUAGCUAAGCCUCAGACCAGUUCUGUACCCAGCUUGUAUUUACUACUCUCUUUUUGUUAAAUUAAACAUGUAAUGAUCUUUCAUCUUAGCACAAUGUACGUGAUAUACACACCCAAGUAAAUAUUCUAUGAUGAUUAAUCACAAACCAA